AUGUCCCUGGGGCAGACCCCUGGCAUCUCCCGGCACAGCCACAGCGCACCCCUCCUCAACUCUGCCUCAAGGGGUGCUGGUGCAUUCCGGGAUCACCUUGGGCGAUGGGUAAUAGGGUGCCCGUGUCUUGCAGGUCACACUGGCCGCCUCCUCAAGGCUCUGCUGGGGACCAGCAUCCUCUUCCUCCUUGCCCACUUCGUUUUCCAAAUAUGCCUGUACACGCUGCCCGUCCUGGACCAGCUGCUGGGGCCCAGCUGCAGCACCUGGGAGGUCCUUGCCCGGCACAUCGGUGUCACCAGGCUGGACUUGAGCGACCUCCCCAACUCGGUGCGCCUCGUGGCACCCGACGUCGGCAUCCUGCUGGUCUCGCCCCUCUGCCUGUGCCUGUGCCGCCGCCUCGCCCCCAAGGCCGGCGCUGCCGCCCGCAGCCGGAGACCAGAAUCCCUGGAGCGGGGGAGAGCCAAACCCGGUGGCGGGGAAGAGGAGGACGUGGAGCGGCACGGUGGCACGGCUGACGGGGAGACGCCGCUCAGCACCAGGCUGCGGGUGACGGCUCACUGGCUGCUCUGGGUGUUCGGCUUCAAGGACAUCAUCCUGUACCGCAACUGCUCCCGGCCCAACGCCCUGGUGCUCAACACCCACCACCCCUGGCCCGUCUAUGCCAACCCCGGCAUCCUGCUCCUGCUCUACUACACCAUGGCCACCCUGGUGAAGCUGCGCCGGCUGGAUGCCAGGCCCCCUCCCUGCCCUGCAGAGCCCAGCCGGCAGCGGGACGUGCUGAAGGUGCUGGGGGACCUGGUGCGGGAUUUCUACGCCAAAUACUGGAUCUGUGUCUGCGCCGGCAUGUUCAUCGUGGUGAGCUUCGCCGGGCGCCUCGUCGUCUACAAGAUCGUCUACAUGUUCCUCUUCCUCCUCUGCCUCACCCUCUUCCAGGUGUACUACAGCCUGUGGCGCAAGGUGCUGAAGGGCUUCUGGUGGCUGGUGGUGGCGUACACCAUGCUGGUGCUCAUCGCCGUCUACACCUUCCAGUUCGAGGACUUCCCCAUGUACUGGAGGAACCUGACGGGCCUCACCGAUGAGCAGCUGGGUGACCUGGGCCUGGAGCAGUUCAGCGUCUCCGAGCUCUUCUCCAGCACCCUCAUCCCAGGCUUCUUCCUCCUGGCCUGCAUCCUCCAGCUCCAUUACUUCCACCGUCGGUUCAUGCACAUCACCGACCUGGAGCACAUCCCUGCUGCCACCCCGCCACCCCGCCACAUCCCCAGACCCGAGGAGCUGCACGGGAGCCGGCUGCUGCGGGAUGCUGCCGCUGCUGAGAGCGCCGGGAUGGGCGACUCCGACACCAUGACACAGGCACCCACCAAAUGGGGGCUGGUGCUGGAGCGCCUGAUGGUGCUGGGCUGGACCUUCUCGGAGAUGCUGACCCGCGGACAGGUCUUUGUGGGACGCCUGCUGGAGCUCCAUGUCCUCAAGCUGGUGGCUCUCUACACCGUCUGGGUGGCCCUGCAGGAGGUAUCGCUGAUGAACUUCUUGCUGGUGCUGCUGUGGGCCUUCGCCAUGCCCUACUGUCGCUUCCGCCACCUGCUGGAAAAGGUGAUACCCCCAUGCCUGGGACAGGAGUACCCUGAGGCUGUGCUGGGAUCCCUGGGGGAGAUGUGGUGGUCCAGGACAGCCCUGGUGAUGAUGCAGGACCCCCCGUGGGUGCUGGGAGGGGAUGGGGACCCUGCUCUGAGCGCCCCAUCCCGCAGGUCAUACCUGGACAUGGCGAAGGUGGUGGUCUUCCGCUCCCUCUUCUGGUUUGUCCUCGUGGUGGUCUUCAUCACCGGGGCCACCCGCAUCAGCCUCUUCGGCCUCGGCUACCUGCUGGCCUGCUUCUACCUCCUCCUCUUCGGCACUGCCAUGCUGCGCAAGCCGGCGCGGGCACGCCUCGUGCUCUGGGACUGCCUCAUCCUCUACAACGUCACCGUCAUCAUCUCCAAAAACAUGCUGUCGCUCCUCUCCUGCGUCUUCGUGCAGCAGAUGCAGAGCAACUUCUGCUGGGUGAUCCAGCUCUUCAGCCUGGUCUGCACCGUCAAGGGCUACUACGACCCCAAGGAGAUGGGCAAGGACCAGGACUGCUUGCUGCCCGUGGAGGAGGCGGGCAUCAUCUGGGACAGCAUCUGCUUCUUCUUCCUCCUGCUCCAGCGCCGCAUCUUCCUCAGCUACUACUUCUUGCACGUCAUGCUGGACCUCCAGGCCUCUGCCUUGCAGGCCUCCAGGUGGGGCUGGGGUCCCGGGGGGCCCCCGCGGCGGCAGCGGGAGCAGCCGGAGCCACCCGGUACCGAGGCCGCUGCAGGGGACAGCGGAGGGAGGGAGGAGGAGUUGGAGGCGCCCGAAGAGGCUGAAGGCCAGGAGGAAGAGGAAGAGGAGGGCUCCGAGCGGAGCAACGUGGUGCAGCGGGUGCUGAACACCCUGCGGUUCCUAUGGGUGCUGUGCCGGGCCAUGGUGGACGGGCUGACGCAGUGGCUGGAUGCCUGCACCCGGGAGCACGCCGACAUGUCCAACGUGCUGCGCCUCGAGAGAUACGUCCUGACGCGCCGGCUGUCCACGGGAGAGGACAUGCACCGCGGGGUCCUGGAUGAGCUCUACCUGACACCACCCGAAGAGCGGCUGUACUUCCCCGAGCUGGAAGAGUCGGAGCAGUUUUACCAGUCCCACAACCGGUUCCUGAAGCUGCUGCUGGCCGGGUACCGCUGCGUGGCUGCCCACUCCGAGCUGCUCUGCUACUUCAUCAUCAUCCUCAACAACAUGGUGACGGCCUCCGUCAUCUCCCUCUUCCUGCCCAUCCUCAUCUUCCUCUGGGCCAUGCUCUCCAUCCCCCGGCCCAGCAAGCGCUUCUGGAUGACCGCCAUCAUCUUCACCGAGGUGAUGGUGGUGGUGAAAUACCUCUUCCAGUUUGGGUUCUUCCCCUGGAAUGGCUACGCCAUGCUGGUGCGCAACGAGGGCAAGCCCUUCUUCCCACCCCGCAUCCUGGGCUUGGAGAAAACUGACCGCUACAUCAAGUACGACCUCAUCCAGCUCCUGGCGCUCUUCUUCCAUCGCUCCCUGCUGCUGGCCUACGGGCUGUGGGACCACGAGGAGGACACCUUCCCCAAGAAGAAGGCAGAGGCAGAGCAGGUGGAGGAUGAGGAAGAGGAGGAGAGGCGGGAAGAAGCAGUGUCCCCGCCAAGGGCGGUGGGUGAGGAAGGGACGGAGGCGCUGGCAGAGGCAGGAGCACCGGGCGCAGCUGCGGGGCCGGAGCUGGAGGGCGAUGCCGUGGGGCAGGAAGAGGGGGCUGGGACCAUGCAGCUCCGCUUCAGGAGGAAGAGGCAUUGGGGGAAGAAGCAACCGGAGGCAGCUCCGGAGGAAGGGGAUGCAGAGGAGGAGGAGGAAGAGGAGGUGGAGGAAGAGGCAAAACAGAGCCAUGCUCAGAAGAAGCUGAAGGCGUUUGGGCUGCGGGUCAAGCUCUUCUUCCUCACCAUGGCGCAGAACAUGUACCAGCCGGUGCGCAGGUUCUUCCAGGACAUCCUGCACACCCAGCACCGGGCGGCUACCGACGUCUACGCCUUCAUGUUCCUGGCCGACGUGGUCGACUUCAUCAUCAUCAUCUUCGGUUUCUGGGCCUUUGGGAAACACUCGGCGGCCGCUGACAUCACCUCCUCGCUGUCGGAUGACCAAGUGCCGGAGGCCUUCCUGGUCAUGCUGCUCAUCCAGUUCACCACCAUGGUCAUCGACCGCGCGCUCUACCUCCGCAAGACUGUGCUGGGCAAGCUAAUCUUCCAGGUCAUCCUGGUCUUCAGCAUCCACCUCUGGAUGUUCUUCAUCCUGCCGGCUGUCACCGAAAGGUUGUUCAGCCUCAACACAGUGGCCCAGCUGUGGUACUUCGUGAAGUGCAUCUACUUCUCGCUGUCAGCCUACCACCCCACCCGCAUCCUGGGCAACUUCCUCACCAAGAAAUACAACCACCUCAACCUCUUCCUCUUCCAGGGGUUUCGCCUCGUGCCCUUCUUGGUGGAGCUGCGGGCCGUCAUGGACUGGGUCUGGACAGACACCACGCUGUCCCUCUCCAACUGGAUGUGCGUGGAGGACAUCUACGCCAACAUCUUCAUCAUCAAGUGCAGCCGCGAGACAGAGAAGAAAUACCCUCAGCCCAAGGGGCAGAAGAAGAAGAAGAUCGUGAAGUACGGCAUGGGGGGCCUCAUCAUCCUCUUCCUCGUGGCCAUCAUCUGGUUCCCGCUGCUCUUCAUGUCGCUGGUGCGCUCCGUGGUGGGCGUUGUGAACCACCCCAUCGACGUCACCGUCACCCUCAAGCUGGGGGGGUACGAGGAGGCCCCCCCCCGUGACGGCAACAUCCUCCCCAUGGUCAUCUUCAAUGAUAAAGUCAGCCCCCCCAGCCUGGGCUUCUUGGCUGGCUAUGGGAUCAUGGGGCUGUACGUCUCCAUCGUGCUGGUGAUCGGGAAGUUCGUGCGGGGUUUCUUCAGCGAGAUCUCGCACUCCAUCAUGUUUGAGGAGCUGCCCUGCGUGGACCGCAUCCUGAAGCUGUGCCAGGACAUCUUCCUGGUGCGGGAGACGGGCGAGCUGGAGCUGGAGGAAGAGCUCUACGCCAAGCUCAUCUUCCUCUACCGCUCCCCUGAGACCAUGAUCAAGUGGACGCGGGAGAAGGAAUAAAGGGAAGGAGCUCCAGGCUCCCCCCCUGCUCCUCGGGAUAUCACCGCCAAUGCCUUAACCAGCCCCCCCCCCGCCCAAAGCUGGGGCCACAUCCUGCCGGGGGAGGCAGUGGGAUGCAGGGUGCUCGGCGCCCGCUUUUAGGGAGGACGUUUUUCUUACGUUGCUUUGAAGCCGGCCGGCCU